AUCGACGGGCGCGGCGGCAGCGGAGGGUCGCGGAGGGGCUGGAAGCCGAGGUCCCGGUUCCUGGAGGAGGGGGCCGCGGUCUCGAAUGCAGUCCUCGCGAGCUUGUAGCGGCGCGGUGGUCUGGCCUAACUUGUCGGCUCCGGCGCGGGCAGCCACUCCAUGGCUUCCUGGGGGGAAGCUCCGGCAGGUGGAGGGGCGGUGACUGUAGAGAGCUGGUCCCAGAUUGCGGGAGUGAGAGGUCAGAGGUUGGAGGUUGUGCUUUUGUAGAAUGUUGGGGUCCCGCCCUUAUAAGCCAGGGUCAGGGCACUCCCUUUUUUUGUGUGGCUGGUGUUUUGUUUUGGUCCCCUCCUUUCUCAGAAGGGGCUGUAAGGGAAACUGAGCUCCGAGAGCCGUGGGAGCCCUCUUGUAGCUCCUGUGCUUGGACGAGAAGGCCCGGACCUCGAGCAACCUUCCUUCUCCUCCCGUGGCCGCGGCAUCAAGGAGUUGGGGCGGUGCCUACCGGAGGGCCUCGACCCGGUGGGGGUAACGCUGGGCCCCGGGCAGUCCGUGAACGGGCCACAUCCGUAUGACUUCUUAAGGGCUUCAUGCCAGCGCCUGUGCAGGCCGUCAUUCUCCGAGUUUGAUUUGUAAUUUCUGGAAUUUCAUUAGAACGAUUUGAAGAAGGAAAAGGGGGUAUUAUGGCUUUGGUACUUGGCUCAAGGUGGAAAUACAAGCAGACAAGGGGAGUUAAAAUGAGGCAAAAGGGAAUGUUAACCAAGACCUUACAAGGCCCAGCUGUUGUGUGUACAACUCCAAGCAGCCACAUUUAUGUGUUCAAGAAUGGCAGUGGGGAUUCUGGGGACUCCUCUGAGGAAGAGUCUCAACAUGUUGUUCUACGGCCACGGGGCAAGGAACGCCAGAAGAACAGUGUUCACCACCCUCACAAGCCUGGAGCAGGUGACAUGGUGCUGCUCCAACGGGAGCUGGCCCAGGAGGACAACCUCAACAAGCUGGCUCUUCAGUAUGGCUGCAAAGUCGCAGAUAUCAAGAAAGUCAACAACUUCAUCAGAGAACAAGAUUUAUAUGCUUUGAAAUCUAUUAAGAUUCCAGUGAAAAACCAUGGGAUCCUAACAGAGACCCACAAAGAACUGAAACCUCUUCCAGAACCAUCCACAGAGACCACAGUGACCUUUGUGGAAUUACCAGAUGUAGACAGAGCUACCACAGCCGCUGAUGCCCAGGCCAGCCAACUGACAGAUUUCUUUAAAGGGAUUGAUCAGAAUAUUGAGCGUGCAGCGCAGUCAGAGAUCUUCCUAAGUGAGAGCUACUGCAUAGAGACCUCUGAUCAGCCAUUGCUCCCAGCUCCUCCGAAGACACUGACAGAUGGAGCAGACUGUGGGAUUCAGUGGUGGAAUGCUGUUUUCAUCAUGCUUCUAAUUGGGAUUGUGUUGCCAGUGUUUUAUUUGGUCUAUUUUAAAAUACAGGCUCCUGAGGACAUCCCUAAUAACCUGAACACAACUGCUGUUCAUAAUGGCUCGAUGGCAUUGAGUGUGGUUCCAGGUUAAGCCCCAGAUUUUCAAAUUCCGAAGGCCACCAUCAACUCUUCAGCCAGCCAGUCCAGUCAGAACACUCAGGCAAAGAAGUAGGCUGUUGUUUAUGGAUAAUCAGCCCAGCUUUAGCAGUUGGACUUGAUGUAUCAGCUGUCACUGGCCAUAUUCUAAAGGUGCUACGUUUUGGUUCCUGGGAUAUAUGGAUGCAUUUCAGAAGUCACCACAGUAUUCUCUAUUGCACUGAUCCUGAGCAACGGCCUCAUCUAACCUAAGGCUGCAGGAUCCCAAAUACCACCACCCUCAGCCUCCAUAUCCAGAGAGGUGUGUAAGAGAGACGUUUACAUGUGACUGAUGGCCACUUCUUGAAGGCAUUUAGUGGACUGACUGUGUGUGCUUUCACAGUAGUUCUGCAUGGGUCUGUGCAUGGAUAUGCUCAGAGGGGCAGGAAUGGCCUGGCCAAGGGACCCAUUCAGUGCAUGCCCCACAAUUGGUUUGGGUUGCCUUACUAUUGUGUUCCCACCUGCUAUGAAGGGGGCAGUAGGCCUGGCUCUAAGUUCCAUGUUUCCCUGGUGAAGGUGCUAUGGAAUAGUAUCCACAUGUCACCCUGUGUUAGAGUGAUAAUGAAUAAUUAUAACAAGC